GAGGCGGGACUGUGAUCCUCGGUUCGGUCCGCAGCUUGUUUCCCCCUUCGCUUGCUUGUGGCCGCUUCCGCUUCCGGUAACAGCUAGCGGCUUUCUGCCCUAGGUAGCUAUGGCGGGGAGCCGGCUGGAGACGAUUGGGAGCGUGUUUACCCGGACGAGGGAUCUGAUGCGUGCUGGAGUGUUGAAGGAGAAACCUCUGUGGUAUGACAUAUAUAAGGCUUUUCCGCCGCUCAGAGAACCUGUCUUCCGAAGACCCCGUUUGCGAUAUGGCAAAGCCAAAGCUAGCAUCCAGGACAUCUUUUACCGUGAGGAUCAGAUUCGAGCGAAAUUCUUUUCUGCCUAUGGAUCUGGUCACAAAGCUUUUGAUCUGUUUAACCCAAACUUCAAGUCUACUUGUCAGCGGUUUGUGGAGAAGUACAUGGAACUGCAGGAUCUCGGAGAGACAGAUGAAGAAAAGUUGUUUGUGGAGACGGGGAAGGCUUUGCUGGCAGAAGGCGUCAUUUUAAGACGAGCAGGAGAAGCACGGGUGGUCCGGGUCAGACCCCAUGCCCCAUUGGAAGGAAACCGGCCUCAGGAAGACGCCCUGGAGCAGCAGGAGACGAGGACGGCUGUCUCCCCUCCCUGAGGCCUUCUGUGCACUGAGCAUGCCCACCACCUGGGACGCCGCUCAACUGAGAUGCUUGGGUUCUGUUGGUCUCCAUCCCAGGCCUUCUCUCAGUUGCUGUUUCUGGGUUGUCAUGAAUCGCAUUCCCGUGCUUUGAAAGCUCCAGUUUUGUGGACUUUUAUUUCACGGUAUUGUUAGAUAAAGGUUCUCUAAUGCUUUCAAAGUAAAUGGCACCAGGAAGCCUUUAAAGGUGCCCCGUGCUGGCUGUGGGCCGUUGCAUCUGAACUGUGCCGUUUUUCUCGUCUGGAUCCCUCCUGCAGAAUUCUACUACUCGCCCACAUGGUGCGGUCCCUUGGCAAGUGUUUCCAUCUGCAGGUGGUGUUUGUACUUUCUCUGUAGAGCUAUUGACUGCAGCGUGAGAGGCCCAGCCAGCUGCAGUAAGACUGAGGACCUGUCUGAUGCGAACUAAGACCAAAGCCACCACUCAAAUGUCAUGGGUUAAAUGUGUUGGAGGUGGUUAGCAUGGGCUUGCGGCUCACAGGCUGCAACAUUAGGAAAUGUUUGUUGAAUGAAUAAAUGAUCACACCUUA